UACGCGUCUACUUGUAAGAUUAUUUGAUUGAUUAUAUAUAUAUAAAAUACGCUUCCAAAAUUAUCUUUCAAUCGUUCAACCGAGCAACAAUGGUUUACUACUGCUAAAAAAUCGAUAUGUUCUGCAUUUAGAGGACUGACUGAAGAGUAGACAUCAGAAAUCCACGUUUUGGGACUGCUGACAGUGACUUUUCCGAUGGCACCUGUUAUGCAGAUUUUACUAGAGAGAGUUGCACGCCACGUUCACCAUCAUCCCGACGACGAUGACGACCCCCAUGAUGGGAACGACGGCAACCCUACAGCAGCCAAAGCCACGGCCAUGGUUGGUCUUUUCCUGGCCUCGUUCAUUAUCGGCAACCUCCCCAUCCAACUCAGCCGCUGGUUCAAAUGGGAAUCGGACGCAAAAAACAACGUCUACGUCAAGUUUCUCCUGGGUCUAGGUGGUGGCGUACUACUAUGCACGACCUUCAUCCACCUUCUUCCGGAAGUUAGCGAGAAUUUCGAAAGGCUCGAUCUAACACCAGACUUUGAGGUCCCCUACGCGGAGCUGCUGAUGUGCAUCGGUUUUUUCGUCAUGUAUUUAGUAGAGGAAUGUGUACAUGUUUACUUGCACAUGAAAGAGAAGCCGAAAAACAUGACUGUUCUACGAAGGAGCCUGUCAAUCAGGCGUGGCGAAGCCGUACCACAUUUAGAACCGUCGAAGUUCGAGAAGAAUCUGAACGGCGAUCCUGCGCACAACCAUCAUGCAGACCACUCGCACGUCGUUCUGGACUAUUCAGCCACGUCAACGGUGGCCAUUAUACGAGGUUUGUUAGUUGUGCUUGCUCUGUCCAUCCAUGAGCUAUUUGAAGGAUUAGCGGUUGGCCUAGAAUCAUCUCCGAAAACAGUUUGGUACAUGUUUGGCGCCGUGAGCGCGCACAAACUAGUUAUUGCGUUCUGUAUUGGGGUAGAACUCGUUACUUCCGGCAUUAAAACGUACCUUGUCAUCAUUUACGUAUUUACCUUCGCUGUGGUAAGUCCUAUGGGUAUAGGAAUCGGGAUCGUCUUAAGUAAUGUCGAAGGAAGUUCCACUGACGUAGUAUCUGUGAUAUUGCAGGGACUCGCUUCAGGAACGCUGCUUUACGUUGUGUUUUUUGAAAUCCUGCAAGCCGAUAAGAAAAGCGGGCUCAAGCAAUACUUUGCUAUUUUGAUUGGGUUCAUUGUUAUGUUCGGCAUCACUUUAUUAGGUUGAAACUUGUCGUAAUUUUGAAGAUUUUGUAUAUAUGAUUCCUGAGACUGUGUAAGCUAGGUUCUAAAAGUAACCACUCGACUGAUGAGAGAGUAUUGAUAUCUGAUACUUUUGAUAAAUUUAACUAGUGAUAUACUCAUAGAUUAAUUAUCAUCGCUAAUCUUUUAUUUUGAAGUUAUACAAAUGCGUUAACUUUCAGUUUGAAAAAUAGGUGCAUUUUGUUCGCAUAAUCUUAUUCCAUAUAUGUUACUUUAGCUCUCUAUACGCUUAAAUGAUGUCGAGCAUAAACAGCUAAUAACUUUUACCAGGAAUGAUUCGAUCUGGAAUAAGAUCAGCGAGAACAAACUGUACCUAUGUUUUUUUCGGCAUCAUCUAACUAAAAAUGUACCUAUUAUUGGCAUUCCUAAUUUUGUGUUUCAUGAUUGACAUUGCAUAUACGUUUGUUCGUUUGCGUCUAGGAUUUAGUUUCGUUUGUUUGUUGAAAAUUAAACUUGAUAUGCACCUUGAUUUUGACUCCCACCUUGAUUUGUUUCAAGAAACCUAAUUUUUGAUGGAAAGGUCAAUUGAAACCUCAAAUUUUCUCUAGAUAUUUGAAUAGAUAAUAAUGUCACAAGUUCGCUAUUUAUUGUUUUUACAAACAAACGAAACACAAUAUUUUGUGAAAACCACGUUAACAACCAAUAUUUUGAAAAUGUGUUCCCUUCAAUUGUAAUAUGAUUGACUUUAGUGUAGGUAAUAUAUGUAAGAUUAUAUAUGCAUCUUUACUAAUUUUGUACUUUGAAUGAGAAUGUUGACAAGAAAAGUGUUACUUCAUUCAGGUAUUUUGUAUCGUUGAACUGAACUAUCGUGUGACACGUGACUUGAUACACUGAUUUCAAGCUUCAUAUUAAUAAAAUAAUUUGUUGAAAAA